UGCUCUUUCUUAACUCUCUCUCUUCAAGGUACAUCUGGAUACUGCAACUUUACAAUUUCGCAGUCUGUCUCUGGCUGGCCAACUUCUUCAUCGCCCUGGGCGAAAUGACACUGGCUGGUGCCUUUGCCAGCUUCUACUUUUCACGCCGGGAUCCGUCCCGCCUGAUGCCUACCUGUCCCCUGUUUCUGAGCCUCGGUCGUGCCCUCCUCUACCACAUGGGCUCACUGGCCCUCGGCACCCUGCUCAUCACUCUGCUCGGCUUGAUUCGCGCUUUCCUGCUCUACCUGGAGAAAAAACUGAAGGCCGCUGAGAAUCCGGUUGCAAAGGGCAUGCUUCGGUGUUGUGGUUGCUGCAUGUGGUGCCUGGACAAGUUUUUGCGUUUCCUCAACAGGAACGCAUAUAUAAUUAUUGCCAUUUACGGUUACGGUUUCUGUCGAGCUGCGAAGGAUGCCUUUGGGCUCAUCCUACGAAAUGUGGUCAGGGUCUUUGUCGUCGACAAGGUUACGGACUUCUUGCUGAUUAUUGGAAAACUUGUGGUCUGUGGACUUUCCGGUGCUGUCGCCUACUUCUUCCUGGACAGCUCCCUCACUUCUAAGCAUCUCCCAAGCGCACUGGCCAGCAUUCAACCGCCGCAUCUCUAUUACUUCAUCAUCAUCGUUCUGGGAUCAUACCUAAUUGCAAAGGCCUUCUUCUCUGUCUACGAAAUGGGUGUGGAUACAAUCUUCCUCUGCUUUUGUGAGUCUUCCUCCUUUCUCAUCUCAGUUUCCGGCCCUUGUGGCACGUAA